AUGAGGAGUUGCAACACUAAGUUCAUAUUUGUUGCAGUAUAUGGGAAACACAGUAUACAGAGGAAGAGUUUGUGGACUGAUUUAGAAAGAACUAUGAGGGGAGUACAAGAACCAAGCUUAAUAAUGGGAGAUUUUAACAGCAUUUUGUCCAUAGAAGAUAGAGUGAUGGGGAAUCCAGUCCAAGAGGGAGAAAUGACAGACUUCAAAAACUUUAUAGCUGAUGUUGGAUUAGCUGAACUUAAAACAAUUGGGAGAAACUACACAUGGACAAACAACCAUGUCCAUAGCAGAAUAGAUAGAAUACUUGCCAAUGCAGAGUGGAUGCAAAAAUGGCCUAAUAUGGAGGGAACUAUUCUACAGCCAGGCUUCUCAGACCACUGCCCAUUAAUUGUAACUGUUGCUGAACCUACUGGGAGGGGGAGAAGACCAUUUAAAUUUUUUAACUGUUUAGCAGGCCAUCACAGAUUUGAUGAUAUUGUCAAGGAAGUCUGGAUGAAGGAGAAUAAAGGAAAGUCAAUGCUGAAGGUGUGGCACAAGUUAAAACAGCUGAAAAAAGAGCUGAAGCUUUUAAACAAUGAGGAGUACAACAGUGUGGGGCCAAAGAUCCAAGUAGCAAGGAACAAAUUGAUGAACAUACAAAUGGGAAUGGCAUCUCCGGAAACUGAUGAGGAAAUGAUAGCAUUAGAAAAGGAGACAAAAACUGAACUGGCAAAAUGGCUGGAAGUAGAGGAAAGUAUUAUGAAGCAGAAGGCAAGAAUCAAAUGGCUCAAAGUAGGGGACUCUAAUACAGCCUAUUUCCAUGCUUGUGUAAAAAACAGGCAGGCAAGAAACCAUAUAGGCAGACUGAUGGAUAACACAGGAAAGCUUCUACAAAGUGAAAAGGAGGUAGAAGAGGAGAUCUUAAACUUUUACAAAAAAUUACUUGGUACAACAGCCUCAACACUACCAAUAGUGGACCAGAUGUUAUGCAGAAUGGGCACAGCUUGA